CACAGAAGCUCUUAGGCUUGGAUUUGAGCUAUGCACCUGGGCAGGGGAAAUAUCUCCUCACAUGCUGAGAAAGAAAGUGGAGCAAACAGUCAGCUAGGGGGAGUGAAGGAUGCAGUUUGGGAGAUGAGUGCCGCCAAGGAGGACAGCCGGUGUCAGAAAGCAGUUCGGAUCGUCACCGACCUGUGCCGGAAGAAAAGCCUGCCCAGCCUGGAUUUGGACACCUGCAGGGGGUUCCUCCUCCUGCCUUCAGACCAGAGCCUGAGUAUCUCGGAGCCAGAGCUCUCCAUCAGCCUCCUUGCAGUGAUAGUUAUUGUGUGUGGCCUCGCCUUGGUGGCAGUUUUUCUCUUUCUCUUUUGGAAGCUGUGCUGGGUGCCCUGGAGGAACAAGGCCAUUUCUUCUAACGUCUCCCAGAGCGAGGCAGCCUGCAACCAGGAGACCAUGGCAGACAAGCUAAAGGACACAGGCACGCUUGGCUUCCUGGAGGCAGCUGUGAAGAUCAGCCACACCUCACCGGAUAUCCCGGCUGAGGUCCAGAUGUCCAUGAAAGACCAUAUCAUGCGGCACGCACGGCUACAAAGGCAAACGACGGAGCCGGCAUCGUCCACCAGGCACAUUUCCUUCAAGAGGCACCUGCCUCGGCAGAUGCACGUGUCCAGCAUGGACUAUGGCACAGACUCGCCCCUUGAGGCCGAGCAGCCAACGAGCAUCGGAAGGAUUAAACCAGAGCUUUAUAAGCAAAAGUCUGUGGACUCCGAGGACCCAAAGAAGGAGGCGGCAAAAACCUGUGGGAAAAUAAACUUCACCCUCAAAUAUGACUAUGAGAAUGAGAUGCUGAUUGUGCGGAUCCUCAAGGCCUUUGACCUACCGGCCAAGGAUUUCUGCGGCAGCUCAGACCCCUAUGUCAAGAUCUACCUCCUGCCCGACAGGAAGCGCAAGUUCCAGACACGAGUCCACAGGAAGACUCUGAACCCCACCUUUGAUGAGUCCUUCCACUUCCCUGUGCCCUAUGAGGAGCUGACUAGCAGGAAACUCCACCUGAGUGUCUUCGACUUCGACAGGUUCUCCAGGCAUGACAUGAUAGGGGAGGUUAUCUUGGAGAACCUGUUUGAGGCCUCGGACAUUUCCCGGGAAACUUCCAUCUGGAAGGACAUUCAGUACGCGACAACUGAAAGCGUGGACCUGGGAGAGAUCAUGUUUUCCCUUUGUUAUUUGCCAACUGCAGGUCGCCUCACCUUAACAGUCAUUAAAUGCAGGAAUCUUAAAGCUAUGGAUAUUACUGGCUACUCAGAUCCGUAUGUCAAGGUGUCUCUGCUUUGUGAUGGGCGGAGGCUGAAAAAGAAGAAAACCACCAUUAAGAAAAACACUCUUAAUCCUACCUACAAUGAGGCGAUAAUCUUCGACAUUCCCCCAGAGAACAUGGAUCAAGUUAGCCUUCUUAUCUCCGUCAUGGAUUAUGAUAGAGUUGGUCAUAAUGAGAUCAUUGGAGGUUGCCGUGUGGGGAUCAAUGCUGAGGGACUGGGCCGAGACCACUGGAACGAGAUGUUGGCAUACCCUCGCAAACCCAUCGCACACUGGCACCCAUUAGUGGAGGUGAAGAAAUCCUUCAAAGAGUGGCAAGGCCGAGCAGCAAGCUUCGACAGCCAAGGCUCGUGUCCAUCUCCUAAGCCACUUCCCACACCAUGAGCCACCGAAGCAGUGGACUAGAAUGGGACUAAACAAAGUUCUUUUGCUCUUGUCCUACACAGUCUGAACAACUUAUUGCUGAGUGACACCAGCGAAGCACUCCAGGCCUGGUUGUUCCAAUGUAGGUAAAGGCAGAAGAAACGCUUUGUGGUCAAAUUUGUCUUGGUUUAUUACGUCUCCCAAGGUGAUGUUUGUGGCUUUCAUUUUAUGGAUCUGCUGUCAGAGGAAGAAGAUGGAACAAAACAUGAGCUGGAAGGCUGGUCUGUAAAAUAACCUGUAAAAUGCUGGAUCAGUAGCAGAGACCUUCUCAACCUCUCUGAACACCAAUGAUAUACCCCAGGGAAGAGGCACGGGGAGAAGCAUGCGGCUGCAUUUUCUGCCUCUGAUUGGAACUGUAUAAAUAGAAGCCUUGAUUAGACUUCAUGUGACCAGUUCUUUAUUAUUGUGAUCAAUCUGAAUUCAGCCACAUGUUUACAGGUUUCUUAUUCAUGUAGAAAUGUUCAUGAGCUUUUCAAAGUUCGUGCCGUGUGUACCCCAAACUUCCCUCUGUGACGUAUUAAAGAUUUGUUGAUUCCUCAGGGAAAAUGAUUUAUUUUCUGUAUAUGUAUUCUCCCUAGGGCUAUUUGCAUGAACAGUUGUCAUCCUGUCUGCACCUGCUGCUCAUUCCUCUGUGACAUGACUUGUCUGAUGUGGAGUGAAGAGGACUGUAUUGACACAAGCAGGGUUCUGAUGUGAGGUGGGAAAUGGGUUAUAGGAGCAGGUGAAAGUCUUGCAUGAACACUAGAUCUUUAUUUUAUAAAUAGCCCUAGUAGUACAGCGUGAGAGAAUACAGAGGAGCACAAAAUAUAUAAACAAGGGAGGGGUGUUAAAUUUUUUUAAAAAAAAAAUAAGC